CUUCAACAAUGGGCGGUGGUGGUGGCGGCGGCGGCGGCAGUACAAUUGGCGGUGGCAGCGUGCUGGGUGGACACGGUACUCUGAUGAGCACAGCGGGUAUGAGCAAUAGUACGGUUGGCGGCGGUGGUGGUGUUGGUGUUGGGGCUCCUCCUGGCAGUAUGUUGCACGGUGGCGGUGGCAUGGGCGUACCAACGCCCGGCAAUAUGGGUAUGCCUGGCGUUUAUGGCAAUGGCAAUGGCGGUGGCGGUCCUGGUGGUGGUCCAAUGGGUCCCAUGGGUGGCAAUGGCGGUGGUAAUGGUCCCAGUACGGCACCCGGUUCGGUGAUCGAUUCACGCGCGGUGUCCGUGGUCGUUACGUUGCCUGGUGGGCCAGGCGCGCAACACCCCGGGCAGGCGCUGAGCGACUAUGGUCCUAUAUAGUUAAUGGUACGGCCAGAUACAGCGCACUGGGUGUCGACGAGCAGUUUUUCGCAACUGUAAAUGCAAGCGAUUGCAGUGUUGCAAUUUUCUUUAAGUUCACGCACUUUGGCGCUUGCGCCUUUAAACACAUCUGAAGUGUUAAUAUGAAUUGUAAAGUUACAACAACAAGGCGCCAUAUUAAUUUCUGCUAAUUUCUAGUUGUACAAUAAUAAAAUAUUUAAAUAUAUAAAUUUAAACGAGUAUGUAAUAAAGUAACGAGUAAGCAAGCUAAACUAUAUAAUUCUAGUCCAUUUUCAUUGAAAGAAAAAAACAAAAAAAAUAUUGAAAAUAAAAAAAUGAUGGGUUAAAAAUUUAAAAUGUAUGAGACAACAACAAAGCACAAUUUCUAUUGAAUAUCACUAAACGAAUUAAAGCAAAAAUAGUCAAUAGCUUAUAGAGUGUCACUUGAACUUGCUACACCUUCUUUUCCAAAUAGAAAUGUUUAACAAAAAGCAAAGAAUAAAAAAAUAGCAAAUAAACGUGUUGAAAAGUUAGUAAAAAGUAAAGCGAUACGAAAAGCACAUUAAAUGCGCGCGAAAAUACAUUUUUUCUAUAAAAAGUAAUUUUAUAAAAAAUGUCUGUAAACAUUAUUUCACUUACUCCUAAUUCAUUUUUCAACUCUCUACUCAAAUAGACUGAUUUAAAGUAAUAUUAAAAACUAAAUAAAAAACGUAUUUCACUAAAAACGCGAAAUGCAAUAUUUUAAAAGUACGAACUGUGUAAAAAACCCGCAUCAAAUAUGUUAAUCAUGGAAAUUUUAACGGAAUGCAUAUGAAAAGCAAAAACAAAAACGACACGGUAGAGAAAAACAGUUUUCAAAAACGUUUUUCAAAUCCCCUACCACCGACAUUGGGUAAAAAUUGCCACUGCCAAAAACGCCAACGCCAUAUUGCAUUACAAAAACAACAAAUAAUAAUAACAAACCCAACAAUAACACUACUUAUAUGUAUACAUAGGAAAUGCAUGUAAAUUUGCCAGCAAAGAAAAUCGAAUAUCAGAAAUCCAAGCAGUUAGCGGAGCUGAGUUAAAAGAUAAUUACGAAAAACCAUCGUUUACGCAACCUAGUAAACGUGCAAAAGCAUUUGUAAAAUAUAUUUCAUGUUUAUUUGUAGCAUUUAUUACGCCUAACUGUAUGUAGCGUUUGUAUGUAAGCGUUGCUAAAUAUAAAAAUAUGUGGAAAA